UGACCUAAAUUAAAUAUUGAUCUUUUUCCGUUUCCUGUAAAUUGUAUUGACUAUUGUUAUUGAUAAAGAAAAUUUCAUUUUAAUAUCGUCAAGAGAGCACUUGGAGGGAAGAUCCUUUAAAUCUACUAUCUAACGAAACUAAUUUUUGCUUUUUAUUCUUCGAGGUUCGUGAAACGAAUUCUAACAGUUCUAGCAUAUAUUUCUAAUUCUUAUGGUACCAAAUAAGUAAAUACGUAGAAUUAAUAAUGUACAAACUGCCCAAAAUUGAGUACCGUAAAAAGGAAAAAGAUAAUUAUAUUGUCUCUCCGAGCCUUACAUUCUUUGGUGUUUCAUUCGAGCCAGACAGAUUCGUAGCCAAAUGUAAGGAUAUGUGUCCUGCAGAGGAGGUUGAUCGGAGAAAAAGUGAAGAACAGGUACAUAAAUUAGAAAUUAUCAAACCUGGAACCUUCCAGUUGGUGAAGAGCAACCUCUGGUCAAUAGUGAACACUAUGGAGGUUGACCCUAAUGCAAUAAGAACAUUCAAUGCUCUAUCAGACACUGUAACCCAUUUGCUACUUAAGGUACCAGAUAUGUUCAAAAAGGGAAGUAACGCAUAUGCGAAGCACAUGUUGUAUUCUUUUCUGGAUGACCGUUUUAUGGCAGUCAGACAAGACAUGCAAAUACAGGAACUACCACCACAGUAUUCUGUGGUUCUACUCGAACCUAUGAUUAGGGUCUAUAUUUAUUAUGGCUACUGUUUAUUUGAUGAACAUCCAUUUUAUUUUGAUCGAGCGCUUAAUAGACAAAAUACACUGGAAUGUAUAAAAUGGUUCCUGGAUUGUUGUGAUAGAUUGGAUCGCACGGAAUUACUGGAAAUAGAAAUGCACCGUGUAACUAAACCCUUAAAGUCAAUAUUGGAGAUAUUUAAAUGCAGGCCGGAACUAUCCGUUGACAGGAAUCUGAUAGAAAGUGUGAAUAUACUGUUCCAUCUCAAAGACGUGACUCAAGCGGCCAAUAGGUAUUUAACUCUACCUGAUUAUGUGAAAAAGGCACCUCCAGUAAAACUAGCCUUUGAAAUAGCCAAAGCAAACAUGCAUAAUAAUUAUACAAGAGUAUUAAAACUUUCAAAGGAACUGUGCCCAUUGACCUAUGCUGUCCUGGGAUAUUAUAUUCCCGAGCUACAAAAGAAAGGACUACAAAUAAUGAGUGCCGCAUACCACAGCAGGCAUCGGGUCAUACCCACGAAGGAUAUCUACAAGCAGUUAAAUUUCUGGUCCCCGACAAGCAUGGCAAACCAGUGCCAACGAUACGGACUGGAUGUAGAUCACUCGCAGUGUGAACCACUCGACUACACUGAUUCCUGCGAUGAGUCGCACUGUUCAAUUUUAUUUGAGAAGGACAUGUUUCUACCGGAUGUUGAACCGAAACUGAUGGCAAUAUUGUCAAAUUUAACAAUUAUGAAUCUAGAGGAAGUCUUCACAUAUUAUACAGGAGAUCCUAAAUAUAUGAAAAAGAAGUAAAUUUAGUAUUUAAAUGAAAUAUAAAUACCUUAUAAUAUUACUCGUACAUUUUGGAAUCGUAUGUAGGUACUUACUUCAUACAUUUUGGACUCUAUAUUAUGCUAUGUUACAAGUAGUACGAGAUCCGGCAUAAGAAAUAUAUACCCUCAUCUGCUAUUUAUUUUGGAUAAGAAGUAAAUGAUAGAAAAUAUUCACAUUGACACAUUGCACUUAGGUUGAAGUUAAAUGAUUAAUUUUAUUUUUUAAUUGGUUUUAUCUCCUUCUCUCAUAAUUGAAAAAAACGUACACAAGUUAAUAGAAUACACUCAAAAUAAAUGAAAAAGUGAAGGUUCCUUGCUUUCACACUGUAACGGUGGGUUUGCCAGAUAUAAACUAGCCGGUAAGAGCAGUUGGACUCAUCACCGAGGGGUGUUGGUUCGAUCCCCGCUCCGUUGAUCUAUUGUCGUACCCACUCCUAGUACAGUCGUUUCCGACUCGCUGGAGGGGAAUGGGAAUAUUGGUCAUAUUUAAAAGAUAUGGUACAUAUUAUUUAAAAAAAAAAUACCUAUUGUUAUUUAUACAUCGUAUAUUUAGUCGUAUAAUAUGGCAAAUGAAAACUCAUUUUAUGCUUAAUUUAACUGUAUGAAGCCAUCAUGGUUUAAUAAAUUUUGUAUGAAAAAUGUAUCUGGGCGCAAUUUGACUGGGCAACCUAUGUGCAAUGUGUCAAUAUGAAUAUUUUCUGUCAUUUAUGUCUCAUCCCAAAUGAAUAUCAGAUGUGGGUAUAUAUUUCUAGUGCUGGAUGUUAGACUAUACUAUUAAAUUGAGUCUUUAAGUAAAAAUGUACAAGUAAUUUUUAUGUAAGAGCCUAGUAUGUAGAAAUCGGGUUGUAACCCUUUAAAAUGAUGCUUUUUUUGUUUGAGUGAGUAAAAGUCGUCUAAUUAAUUCAUUUUGCAUUCUUUAUUACGUUUUUUAACUUAGAGCUAUGAAAUAAUAGUAAGGCCUUGCAUAUUAUUCAGGAGAAUUUGAAAAACUAAAAAAAAAAAUAUUUGAAAAACUAAAAAAAGUAAUAUUUAACCAAUGGUCAUUUAUUUGUGAUACAUUUUGCACUCUUUAUUAUGUUAUGUAACAAGUAUUGCUAGAAUUAAUUUUAGUCUUUAAGUAAAAAUAUACGGGUAACAUUUAUGUGAGUAUUUAUGUAAUAUAUAUAAAUAAUUACAUAAAUAUUACUAUUAUAAAUACGUAUAUAUUUAUGUAUUUAUAAUUUUAGUCAAGCACGAGCCGCCUAUAUUACAUUAAAAAAAGUAUGACAGUGUUG